UCUUCUGCAACCAGGACGCAUCAGGCAGCAUGACCUCACAGCGAUGGAUGCUGGCUGUCUGUUUUUCACUAGUCUCAGUUAUAGGGACAGGGGAAUCGGUCGCAACAAUAGAAACUCGGAAAUACAUUUGCAGGACUUUUGGCAGCGGGGUUGUGCAGCCUUUCAAUGGUUCAAGUUUCUAUGUGCAUUCCAACUGUCCUUUCACCCUCACCCGCUUCACCCACAACCGGGUGGAAUGUGAUAUCACCACACGGCGAGGUGACAAUGGGCUGCUGGCCCAAGUCGAGAUCAUCAUCAACAAAAUCAGGACUGUUCUGCAGAAUGGAAGCAUCAUGGUGGAGAGGAAAAGUGUUUCCCUUCCAUACGACCACACCUACCAGCAUAUCUUUCACUACGGUAUCUACACUAAACUGAGGAGCUCGCUGCUUCCUCUGUCCGUUACCUGGCACAAUGUACCUGGAGGAAUAGACACUGUCUGGGUGGAGCUGGAGCAGGAGCUGAGCACCGACAUGACUGGACUGUGUGGAAAAUACAAUAUCCCAGGAAACAAACAGCAGUCGAUCAAAGACAGCGUGCUUGCUGACGACACAUGUCAAACCCGAGAUCCUGCCUUCGCUAUGAAUGAAGUAUGCAGAAUGUUCUUUUCCUACACCUUGGAUUGUCUCCAAGCCAGGACGCCUCAUUACAUCCAACUCUGCAAAGAGAACAUUUACAGCUAUGAAAAGAACAAAUACAUCGGCUGUGCUUUCUUCAAAGAAGUUGUCCAGCAGUGUGGAAACAGCAGCUAUGCCUGGAACAUAUGGAGAAUGGUAACCAAAUGUGCAAUACCGAGUUGUCCAGGAGACCUGGUUUAUGUAGAACAGGGUGCGGCCUUUGUUCCCAGCUGCUCCAACCCGAACCCCAGAUUCUCCAACCAGGAUCUCGUUAGCUCCUGUGUCUGCCCGAUGGGUAUGGUGCUUAAUGAUCACACAGACGGCUUCCACUGUGUAAGUGUAUUGAGCUGCCCUUGUGUGUUUAAUGGCAAGAGCUUCUCAACUGGAGACAUACGCAAUACCAAGUGUCAGUCAUGUGUGUGUGACAGUGGGAAAUGGCAAUGCUCGGAAAAUUUCUGCCCUUCCAGAUGUCUCAUUGAAGGCCAGUUUGUGACAACAGUUGAUGGCAAACAAUAUGUCCUCCCUGGUAAAUGUAAAUAUGUGGCCUCGCAGGGUCUCAACUGGACAGUAAUGAUUGAGUUUUCCCAAAAGGCCCCCUCUCUGAAAACAGUCAGUCUUCAGCUUUUUCAGGAAACGUAUACAUUCUCACAGAACACGGCUAAAAUUGGAGAGGAGGAGAUCACUGAACUUCAUCAGUCUGAUCAUGCUCUGGUUUUCUGGCAGUCCUCCAUGUACGUCGAGGUCCACACAUCCUUUGGUAUGAAGAUCCAAGUCCAGACGUCUCCUGAAAUCCAGUUGUACAUCACCCCACCCACAAACCACGCUGGCAUGAUCUCAGGUCUUUGUGGCAACAGCAACAAUGACACCACAGACGAUUUCACCACCAGCAGCGGGAUCAUCGAAAACUCAGCUCAACCUUUUGCUCAGUCCUGGAGUGUGGAUACUUGUCCAGUGAACAUACCCCCCUGCACCAACACAGACAAUGAAAUAUUUGCUGAUGAAAAGUGCUCUGUCCUGAACAACCCAGCCGGGAUAUUUGCCAAGUGCCAUGGUCAUAUCCCAACCGAUCACUACCACACGGCUUGCAUCCAAAGAACAUGUAUGUGUGGCAGCAGUCUGCAGCAGUGCUUGUGUGUUGCUCUGGGCAGCUAUGCCAAAGCCUGUGCCAAUCUGGGUGUCAUAGUUGGUGACUGGAGGACAGCUACUAACUGCACUCUGACAUGUCAGAAGAACCAAGAAUUCUCCUACAACGUGCAAGCCUGUAACCACACAUGCCGCUCCCUGUCUGGCCCUGACCCUCGCUGUGGGCUGGACAGUACGCCUGUGGAGGGCUGUGGCUGUCCAGAGGGUACUCACCUGAAUGAAGGACACAUCUGUACCGCAAAGGCAGAGUGCGUUUGUCACUACUACGGUGGUAUAACACCACCAGGGUCUGUUGUUAUUGACGGACGAAUGUGUUUCUGUGAAAAUGGAGAACUACAGUGUUCUAAGGAUUGUGGGUGCAAAAAUGGGAAGGUUUGUGUUCACUGUGCUGAGUACCCAGUUAACACGGCUCAGAAAACCUGCGACAGUCUCAGCAAACCAAUGGGCACCAGUAUGACAUGUGAUAGUGGCUGUUACUGCCCACAUGACCAGUAUGAGGAUCACAGUGGAAACUGUGUUUCUCUGGACAACUGCACCUGUGUGUACAGUGGCAAAGUAUUCAGUGCAGGACAGCAGGUCAAAACCAACUGCAAAACAUGUACCUGUGGUCAGGGUCAGUGGCACUGCAAAGAUGAGCCUUGUCCUGGGAAGUGUCAAGUUUACGGAAACGGACACUACCAGACCUUUGACUCUAAAUGGUACCGCUUUGAUGGACACUGUCAGUACACACUUGUAGAGGAUUACUGUGGAAAAAGAAAUGGCACUUUCUCUGUCAGAGUGGAGAGUGUACCAUGCUGUGAUGAGGCGCUCACCUGCUCUCGCUCUAUCAUCCUUGACAUGCAGGGCCUAGUCACCCUGACACUGAGCGACAUGAAGGUGACCAGACAGCACCAUAAAGGCUGGACACUGCUGGAAGAUUCACUUUAUUCCACACACACUGUGGGACUCUACAUCAUAAUCUCAGUGCCAAGCAGAGGGAUAACGCUCAUCUGGGACAAACACACCAGGAUCACCAUAGAACUGCAUGCAGACUUGAGAAACCAAGUGUGUGGCCUCUGUGGGAAUUUUGACUCCAAUGAGAUGAAUGACCUGCAGAUAAGUGGCUCAGGAGCGAUGUCCAGUCCCCUGACAUUUGGGAACAGCUGGAGAGCCGCCACACCUCCUUGCUCUGAUGUGACCAAGGAGAUAUUUCCCUGUGAACGCAACUCCUACUGCUCAGCCUGGGCCCAGCGACGCUGUAUGAUCCUUACAGGAGACACAUUCAAAGAUUGCCACUUAAAAGUGGAUCCAGAGCCUUACUACCAUGCCUGUGUGCAGGAGUCAUGCUCCUGUGAGUUUGAAGGGAAGUUCCUGGGCUUCUGCACAGCUGUGGCAGCCUAUGCAGAGGCCUGCAGUGAUCAGGAUGUAUGUGUGAACUGGAGAACACCUGAUUUGUGUCCGGUCUACUGUGACUACUACAAUGAGAAGGGCCAGUGUAGCUGGCACUAUGAAGCCUGUGGGAAGAUGCUAACCUGUGGCGAAGGCAACUACUUUACUCACAAGCUGGAAGGCUGUUACCCCAGAUGUUCAUUGGAGGCGCCAUACUAUGAUGAAAAUACUGGUGAAUGCACCCAAUUGAGAAACUGCACCUGUUUAUUCAAUGACACUAUCCUUCAGUCUGGGAAAGUAGUGCUGAUACAGUCUAUUGAGUGCCACUGUGAAAAUGGAACGAUCAAGUGUUCACCUCCACACACAACUACACCUGCCACUACUACCACUGAAACAACUGUGCUUUCCACUACACCAACUACUACAAUUGCCUUUACUACUGCUGAAACAUCCCCAAUGCCUACAACCACCUCUGCACCAGUGACAACCAUUACCAAUGUCUCAACUACUACUGAAUUUUGGUCAACUGUACUUUCCACCACCUCUACCCCAACCACUACCACUGCUUCAACAACACCCUCCACCACCACUACACAAAUGACGUCCAUUACCAAUGCCUCAACUACUACUGGAAACUGGUCAACUGUACUUUCCACCACCACUACCCCAACCACUACAACUGCCUCAACAACGCCCUCCAUCACUACACAAAUGACGUCCAUUAAUCGGCGUACCAAUGCCUCAACUACUACUCGGAACUGGCUCAACUCCACCCACUACCCAACCAUACAACUGGCCUCAACAACGCUCUCCACCACCCGAUACACAAAUGACGUCAUUACAAAUGCCUCAACUACUACUGGAAACUGGUCAAUGUACUUUACUACCCCAACCACUACAACUGCCUCAACAACGCCCUCCACCACCACUACACAAAUGACGUCCAUUACCAAUGCCUCAACUACUACUGGAAAUUGGUCAACUUUGCUUUUUACCACUUCUACACCAACAAAUACAACUGCCUCAACUACUGCUGAAACAUGGUCAACAACCCCCACCACCAAUCGAUCAACUGCGCUAACCGCCACCUCUACACCAACGACAGCAACCACCACUGUAACCUCAGUAACCCCUACAGAAGUGAGUAACACAUCAGAUAUCACUACUCUCCCACUCACCACUUCAUCUACAACUAGAAUGAAUACCACUUCUUCAGUGACAACUGCUACCUCAAUACAGCUUACAGCAGUAACAAAUAGCACUGAAUCUACUACAGUACAGACAACUGCGACUGACUUACCCACAUCUGAAUUUUCCAGCUCUCUGCCUACCACAUUAUACACCAAUGCUUCAACAUGGAUAACAAAAUCAGAGAGCACAGAAACCUUUACAUCAACAGAUACUUUCACAACUCAACCAACAACGAAACAGACCAAGCCAACAGCAACAACACUUCAGUCAACAACCACUUUUGCAACCAAUGCUACUGCUGAAACCUCAGGUCCGACUGAAGUAACCAUCACAGAAGCUUCCACUGAAACAUUUACCUCUACCCAAUCAACCACUCAACUUACUACCUCCUCAGGAUCAACAAUGUCUGAUGCAGUGACGACUAACUCUACGAUGAUGCCAACAACAACAUAUGACACCAAGAUGUCCAUAAGUGAAGGAUUUACCAAUGCGACAUCUACCACUGAACUGACAACCCCUGAAGAAUCAGGCACAACAGUGAUGACAGAAGAAACCACCGGCCCAACGAGUGUCAGUGUCAUUGAAACUUCAACACCUCCCACGUGUGAGUGUGUAGACCUCAUGAGGAAAAAAACCUGGAGUUGCGGCGAGACGUGGACAGAGGACUGCUUCAUUAAGACUUGUACAAAUAAAAAGAUAGAGUUGACCUCAGUGGUUUGUCCAGAGCCUACAAUUCCCAUCUGCCCCAGAAAUCAAAAAACGAAAGUCUCGGAUGGAUGCUGUGAAACAUGGAAGUGUGACUGUCGCUGUGAGUUAUAUGGGGACCCCCACUACAUCUCGUUCCAAGGCGUACCAUUUGAUUUCCUGGACGACUGUACCUAUAUCCUUGUGGAGGAGCGGUCACCACGUCAUCAUCUGACCAUUGCAGUGGAAAACUUCUUCUGUGUGCCAGGACUUGAUGGCUCCUGUGCUAAGGGCAUCAUCCUGAAAUAUCAGAACAAUAUAGCUUCACUCAAUAUCAUUCCACAUUUGUAUGCAGUACAGGCCACUUUGAACAAUGUGACCAUAGUGCCGCCAUAUGAGGAGCAAGGGUGGAGGUUUGAGACCACAGGGUACAUAGUGUCCAUCUACCUCCCCGAGGUCCGCUCUUAUGUAUCCCUCAGUCCAUCUUGGACCCUGGUGGUCAGUCUGGCAAUGGAACACUUCCACAACAACACCCAAGGACAAUGUGGUGUGUGUGGCAUUGGCUCAUGUAUCCGUAAAGGAGGGCAGAUUGAGGACGAUAGUUGCUGUGAUAAGACGGCCUAUGACUGGGUGUACGCCGAUCCGCUGAAGCCAGCCUGUGCUUCUGCACCAAGGGAUGUACCUUGUCACUCCAUGACCACUACUAGCACAACUCUCACCACCCCCUGCCCUGCAAGCCAACUAUGUGAGCUGCUACACCACCCAGUCUUUUCAAACUGCAGCGUGUAUGUGAACAUGAACCUUAAAAAGAAGAACUGCAAGUUUGAUUCAUGCAGGAACGGUGCUUGUUCUUCACUGGAGCAAGCUGCUGAAGAGUGCAAAAAAGUUGGUUUCUGUAUUGACUGGCGAAAACUGACUAAUGGAACCUGUGGUGUGACAUGUCCAGAAGGAUUGAUUUACAAAGAAUGUAGUUCCAAGCUGGAUGACUUCUGUUAUGGAGGAGUGCCUCAGACUGGAGCCUCCCUCGAGAACAACAGUCCAGGUUGUUUUUGUCCAAGUGACCAGUUGAGGGCGGGAAAUCACUCAAACGUCUGUGUGUCUGACUGUCCCUGCUGUAAAGGGCCACUUGGUGAACCCAGACAGCCUGGUGAGGUGUGGCAGUCCGACUGUUACCUGUGUACGUGUAACAACCAGACUCGGACGGAGGAGUGUUUUCUAAGACCUACUGAGCCACCUCCUACCUGCAGUCCCAAUGCUGUAUUGGUAAAUACCUCUUGCUGUGGUGAUCAGAUUUGUGUUGAGAAGACGUGCAGUUAUGAUGGAAAAGUAUACGAGGUGGGAGACAGAUGGAAGGAUGCUGCCCAUCCCUGCAUGUCAUUCAGUUGCAGCAAAGAGGGUAUUCAGACUGAGACUAGAAUCUGUCCCACAGAAAACUGUCAGGAGGAGGACAGAAUUUGGGAUGACCAACACUGCUGCUUUACAUGUAACCGGACCUGUGCUCCGAAGGUGACCAGUAUCAACAUUACCAUAGACAACUGUACUGCCGCCAUGGAGAUCCCUCUGUGUCAGGGCCAAUGUGUUUCUGAGCCCAGGGUCGUGUUACGCGGUGACCUGCAGGUGGAGCAGAAGUGCCGACACUGUCAGGAGCGGAGCUCAGAGAGGAGAUCAGUGACCCUACUAUGCUUCGACCUCACCACCAGACACUACGUCUACAAGCAUAUCACCGGCUGCGAGUGCAGAUCCUGUGGCAUACUACGCUGAAAAGUACUCACACUGACCGAUGCCAAAAAUCUAUCAUUUUGUAUCCAUUCGACUUUCAAAUCAAAAUUUAACAUCUAUUGAAAUGUAAUGGAUUAUUAAUCAGAAUCAGGUUUAUUCAAAUAAAAUGGUUUAAUUAAAUGGUUAAUUGAUAAUAAAAAAUAUGAGAGAUUAUAUAAAAAGUAUGUAAAAUAUGAGAGCUCUACAGUGUUUAAAACAAAGAGGGUGGAAUGUGAAAAAUACCAAUCGAAGAACUGCAAUUCCUCUUAUUUGUUCUUUAUUAAAAUCAAUUACCAGACAA